AUGACAACUUGUACUGAAGACAAUUCCAGCAUCGACCAGGAAGCAAUGAAAAAUGAAAAAGAGACUGGUCUGAUAAAUCCCGGAAAGACAAAAGUUAAUAAAGAUUUACUUGCAAUUCUACCACAUAGAUCAUUACAUUAUCAUGUCAAAAUACCAAGAGAAAUAAUUGAUAAGGACUUCAUUGACAAACUCAUCUUGUUUGUAACAUUUCCUAAGCAUCCAACAACUGGUGUAUCUACUUUGACAAAAACCCAAAGGGAUAUGUUGUCAAUGCUGAAAUUUGUUUUUAAGUACAAUGGACUGUUGAAAGCUUUUGAAGAAGACCUAGCAUGUCUGAAGACGAAGAAUAAAAAAAAAAAAUAA